ACUCUGGAGGCCAUGUGCAUAUCCUGUUCAGUGGUUAUCCAUCAAGUCCAUCUGCAAUGGCGACCCAACCUAAAGUACCCCGACCCAGUAAUGAUACUGGUGCUGAUGGAGAACUAAGUUCGACCAAUACUCUCAUCGAUGAAAUUGAGGAAGUUCAAAAUGCCAUUGACAAUCUCAAUGAGCAAGCCAGUGAAGAGAUCCUAAAAGUUGAACAAAAGUUCAAUAAGAUGAGACAACCUCACUUUGAGAAACGGUGUGAGCUGAUUUCCAAGAUCCCCAACUUCUGGCUCACUACAUUUAUUAAUCACCCCCAGUUGUCAGACUUGCUUACGAGCAAUGACGAGAGUGUAUUAAAGCAUUUGAAAAAGGUGGAAGUUCAGGAGUUUGAGGACAUCAAGUCCGGUUUUCGAAUUAACUUUCACUUUGAGAAGAAUGAAUGGUUCAAGAACAGUGUGUUGACGAAAGAAUUCCACUUAGGAGAUAGCGGCGAACCAUCUUCGACAUACACCAAGAUAGACUGGUAUCCGGGCAAAGAUCUGACAAGCAAUUCAUCCAAUUCAAAAAAGAAUGGUGGUGAUCAAGCUAAGAAACGGACAUUCGAGGACCAGACACAAGAUAGUUUCUUCUGCUGGUUCACAGAUGAAUCCUCAGUAUUUGGUGACGAGCUGGGUGAAGUAAUAAAGGAUGACAUCUGGCCAAAUCCACUUCAAUAUUACCUCUCACCAGAUUUAGACGAAGAAAAUGAAAACGAUGAAGAGGAUGAAGAUGACGAUGAUGAUCAGGAUCUCGACGAGGAUGAAACUGGUGUAGCGGAUGUUUAAAGAUCAUUGCAAUAUAUCAUUUCCAUUUAAACUUCAAUCUUUGUUUCCCAAACGUGUAUGUCUUCGCAUCUGCAUGGAACAAUAUUGAGACAUUUGAUUUGUUGUACAAUGGCAAAAACAGACUGUUUCCACACUUGUACAUCGCGCCCCGGUUUUAUGUUCCACUAUUGAAUACGCCUUUGUGUCAUUUUGCAUUUAAUUGUAGCUAUCGUCAUACCGAGGCAUAUUCAUGUGUCAUGUGUUGGCUUUAACUUGACUGUUUUUAUCCAGGGAUCAGCGUUUUUGCCGUUGUUUCUGUUCCAGCCGCUAUGCGUCUUAAGAUUUUUGUAUCAACACUUUUCGAGACGUGAGGUCAUAUCUCAAACUUUGUUUCUAAUAAACAGUUAUGAAGGA